AUGGCGCCAACCCCGGGGCGGCCGCCAGCCCCCAGGACUGAGGCCAGGCCGCCCGCAGCGCACAGGAGAGGCCCGCGUCGUCCGUCCCUGCCCGCCUCGCGCCGCCACCAGGAUUAUGUAACCGCCGCCGUCACCAGCGCAGGACCAGAAUCCCGAGUCACGUGGCAGAUGGACUCCCUCCCCGACCCCAGGUGGGGGGCACCUCGGCCCACCUGCGAGGCAGGCCGGGGCCGGGCCGGGGGCGCUCGGGGGCCCGAGGAGCCGGGGCCCCCCGAGGUGCUGCUGCAGCCCGGGCGCUUGGAGCUGGGCGACGUGGAGGAGGACCAGGUGGUGGCUGUGUUCGUGGUCACCUUCGAUCCCCGCUCGGGAAACAUGGUGGAAUGGUGCUUACCUCAAGACAUCGACCUUGAAGGGGUGGAGUUCAAAUCUAUGGCCAGUGGCUCUCACAAGAUCCAGUCGGAUUUCAUCUAUUUCCGGAAGGGGCCCUUCUUCGGCCUGGCCUGCUUCGCCAACAUGCCGGUGGAGAGCGAACUGGAGCGCGGCGCCCGCAUGAAGUCGGUGGGCAUCCUCUCGCCCUCCUACACCCUGCUCUACCGCUACAUGCAUUUCCUGGAGAACCAAGUGCGGCACCAGCUGGAGAUGCCAGGACACUACUCACACCUGGCUGCCUUCUAUGAAGACAAGAAAGCGGGGCUCCAUGAUGGUCCCGGAAGAGGUCUGCCGCCCGUCUACUGGCUGCCUUCCAUCCACCGCUACAUGUACCCCGAGAUGAAGAUCACUCACCCUGCUGGCUGCAUGUCCCAGUUCAUCCGCUUCUUCGGGGAGCGCAUCCUCACGCUCUGGAAGUUCGCCCUGCUGCGCAAGCGGAUCCUCAUCUUCUCCCCGCCGCCUGUGGGCGUGGUGUGCUAUCGAGUGUACUGCUGCUGCUGCCUGGCCAAUGUCUCUCUGCCUGGUAUCGGGGGCACCAUCCCUGAGUCCAAGCCCUUCUUCUAUGUAAACGUGGCCGACAUCGACAGCCUGGAGGUGGAAGUGUCCUACGUGGCCUGCACCACAGAGAAGAUUUUCGAGGAGAAGCGUGAACUCUACGAUGUCUACGUGGACAACCAGAACGUGAGGACGCACCACGACCACCUGCAGCCCCUGCUCAAGAUCAACAGCGCGGACAGGGAGAAGUACCGGCGGCUCACGGAGCAGAGGCAGAUGCUGCUGUAUUCCCAGGAGGUGGAGGGCGACCAUAACCCCUGUGAAGAGGACCUCUUUGUGCUGUUUUUCCUAGAACAGAACAAUCGCAUAUUCCAGACCUUAUUGGAGGUGUCUGCGAGCCAGGACAAGACGCUGACCGCCGAGCACGCUCGCGGCAUGGGCCUGGACCCCCAGGGGGACCGCAGCUUCCUUCUGGACCUGCUGGAGGCCUAUGGCAUUGAUGUAAUGCUGGUCAUCGACAACCCCUGCUGCCCCUAG